CCAAGAAAAUUUGAAGAAGCCAUUGAUUAAUAAAUGGCCGCUGCAGAGAAGAAACUCUACGAUGCUGCAACAAAGGGAGAUUUAGCAACACUCCAGCAACUGCUGCGACAAGAUCCACACCUUCUCGAUGCAGUCUCAUUUCCAUAUUCAAGAAAUCUAUUACACAUAGCAAUCACGCACGGACAAGUACGCAUCGCGGAAGAGGUGUUGAAGAUGAAUCCGCGGCUAGCUCGGAUCCUAGACUCCCAGAAACUGUCGCCUCUUCACAUCGCAGUAGAAGAAGGGAGGCUCGAAAUGGUGAAGAGAUUGUUAUCAGUAGCCCCACAGACGUGCUGGUGGCGAGACGGCCACGAUAUGAACCCGGUUCACGUUGCGGCCAUGGAUGGGAAUGUGGAGAUCUUGGAGGAGCUGCUGCAGCAGGAUCUGUUCCCAGCUAUGGAGAGGCUGGGGCGCGGGCAGACUGUGCUGCAUCUGUGUGUGAAGCAUCGGCAGCUGAGGGCGUUGAAGGUGUUGACGCAGAAGUUGGGGGAGCUUGUGUGUGCGAGGGAUGAUGAUGGGGAGACACUGCUGCAUUUGGCUGUUAGGUGCAAUCAGCUUGAGGUAAGCAUCCAGACUUUUGUUUUGUUUAAUGUCUUAAUCAUUUGA